AUGGGCCACUACCAUCAGGGCCAGGCCCAGGCCCAGCCGGCGGCCUCGGAUGAGGUCAGGACGCUGUGGAUUGGGGACUUGCAGUAUUGGAUAGAUGAAAAUUUUCUCAAUAGCUGCUUUGGUUCCACUGGGGAGCUUGUUUCGGCGAAAGUUAUCCGAAAUAAACAGACUCAACAAUCGGAGGGUUAUGGUUUUAUUGAGUUUGCAACUCGUGCAACUGCAGAGCAGGUUCUUCAGACAUAUAAUGGUCAACCGAUGCCUAAUCUUGAUCAACCCUUCAGGUUAAAUUGGGCUUCAGCUGGUGAGAAGCGUAGAGAUGAUGGUCCUGAUUAUACUAUAUUUGUAGGGGACUUGGCUGCAGAUGUUACAGACUACUUGUUACAGGAGACAUUUAAAAACCACUAUCCUUCAGUCAAGGGGGCUAAAAUUGUUACUGAUAGGAGCACUGGCCACUCCAAAGGUUAUGGUUUUGUUAGGUUUGGAGAUUUAAAUGAACAGACACGUGCUAUGUCUGAAAUGAAUGGAAUGUACUGUUCUUCAAGGCCAAUGAGGAUUGGCCCAGCUACAACCAAGUCUCAGCAAACUCCGACUAAAGCUUCUUACCAGAGUACUCAAGGAAGUGACACCGAGAAUGAUCCAAAUAAUACAACUAUAUUUGUUGGUGGGCUUGACCCAAAUGUUACAGAUGACCUUCUACGCCAGGUCUUUAGUGCUUACGGGGAGUUGAUGCAUGUAAAAAUACCUGUGGGCAAGCGUUGUGGGUUUGUUCAGUUUGCUAACAGAGCUUGUGCUGAGGAGGCCUUAGAUAAGUUGAAUGGCACUCAAUUGGGGAGUCAAAACGUUCGACUGUCAUGGGGUCGCAGCCCUAACAAACAGCCACAGCAAGAUCAGAACCAAUGGAACAAUAAUUACUAUGGGUAUAAUAAUCAAGGUUAUGAUGCAUACAAUUACCAACAACCUCAAGAUCCCAACAUGUAUGCCUAUCCAGCAUAUCAAGGAUAUGGGAACUAUCAGCAACAGCAGUAAUCUUUCUGUUGGCUCGAGGAUAAUUCGUAACUCAAGGUACCAGAUCUGGUUGUUGGGUCUGAAGCUGGAGGAAGCUAGCUGCUCGCAUUUAUGUAAACUUAGUUCUUGUGACUUAUUAUGAGGUUACGUGCAUAAAGGUCGAGGUCUUGGUUUUUGUUAUGUGUGAAAACUGCUUGGACUUCAGUUGAAGGAGAGAAUCUUGUGUUUUAUUUAUGAUUACUGUGUUUCUCGGUACUCUUUAUCUAGGAAAACUUGCUAUGCACAGUAGUAUUUUUAUUUAUGGAUGUUUUCUAUAUUUUCUUAUCCAUUUAAUUUGAUUUUUAUGUUUGAAGUGAGAGUUAAAAGGAUGUAUGUGAUUGUUGAAUUUCUUUGCAA